CGAUGGCGCUGCCCGCUCCGUGCCCGCUGGCCGAGGACAGCUUCACCCGCCUCAGCUCGCAGAGUAACGUGUACGGGCUGGCGGCGCUACCGGCGGGGGAAGGCCCCGGCGGGCUCCUGGCGGCCGCCCUCAAGGGCAAGGUCAUUCACUUCCGGUACCACGAGCUACAGCGGCGCACCCGGCCCCUCGCCAGCGAGCUGCAGUUCACAUACAUCCCGGUGGAUGCUGAGAUCGUCUCCAUCGAUUCCUUCCCCAAGUCCCCCCCACAGCGCGGGCUCGUUGUGGGCAUCACCUUCAUCAAGGACUCCGGGGACAAGCCCAGCCCCUUCCUCAACAUCUACUGUGACUACGAGCCCGGCUCCGAGUACGACCUCGACUCUGUGGCCCAGAGUUGCCUCAACCUGGAGCUGCAGUUCACCCCCUUCCAGCUCUGCCACGCUGAGGUUCGGAGCGGUGAGCACCUUGAGACCGUUUUCCUGCUCAGUGGCAAUGACCCGGCCGUGCACCUCUACAAGGAGAAUUCCAGCUCACACCAGUUUGAGGAGCAGCCCAUCCAGCGCCUCUUCCCCUUUCCCCUUCCCCACCUCCCUUCCAGUGUCCUUUGGCUCCACGUCCUGACCCUUCCCGGCCCCACUUCCCAUCGGAUCACGGCCUUCGGCUGCCAGAGCGGCCACGUCCGCGUCGCCCGCGUGGACCAGAGCGGUCCCACUGUGCUCCAAAGCUGGAGCAUCCAGCAGGAUGGGCCCAUCUCCAAGGUGCUGGUGUUCCCGUUGCCGCCGGAACCGCAUCCCGAUGCUUCCGGGCAGGGAGAUGCGGCGGCCGAGCCAUGCUUCGGUGUCCUGGUGGCCAGUACCAUGGAGCUCAGCGUGGUCUAUAGGGAUGUGCUGAGCCGGGGCCUGACGGAGCAGUGCCCAUUGCCAGGCAGUGACCUCCACGACAGCGUCCUCUGCGCCCUCACCCCGGACCUGGACUUCGAUGGGCACCCAGAGGUGCUGCUGGGCACCUAUGGCCAGGAGCUGCUCUGUUACAAGUAUUCCGGAGGGGAAUUCCGCCUGCUCUGGUCCCGGCGCUUCCCGAGCCCGCUCCUGUCCCUGCUCUACAGCGACCUCACCGGGGACGGCCUGGCCGAGCUCGCCGUGGUCUGCGUGCGGGGCCUGCACGUGCUGCAGCACCGCCUGGAACCGGUCGCUUGCUGCGUCCUGGAGCGGCUCCGGGCCCUCGUGGGGGCCCCCCCCCAAUAAACCUGGAUCCGGCUC